AUGUCUGCUUUGUUAGUCCUAAAGUUAUCAUCUCAAAGAUUUAUAAACCUAUGUCAUAAGAAUAUGGUUUUUGGAUGCAUCAAGAACAUGACUGCACAUUCAGGAUGGGAAUGUAUGGUUGAUUAUUUUGACCUUAUAGAAGCGCAAAAUAAUCUUGAUAGUUUGAUUAUUUUAGAAGCGCAAAAUAAUCUUGAAAAUAUAGAAGCGCAAAAUAAUCAUAGUUUUAAACUCCUUAUAUUGAUCCAAAAAGUUUGUGUGCUCGAUGAGUUUACAACAUCGGUAUGGGAGAUAUCAAGUGGUCGUCUCCUUUUAUAUCGAGGCGGGAAAAUUCACUCUUUUGGAAGAGAGGAGAAGGGGAAAGCAAGAAUUUAUGGAAGCUCACUUGUUUUGAAAGUGGUGGAAAAUGCUUAA